CAAGUGCGGCUUGGAGAUAUUCACCAAAUCGUAGAGGCAUGCACAACAUAGCCUUUUCUAUAUAUAGGUAUCCAAUUUCGAUCAUAUCAAACUCAACAAAAUCGAUAGUCACCGAAAAAUCUGAAUGAGAAGGCUGUGGUAUGGACUUGGACAAGACUGCGGUAUCAAUCUCAGGGCUUAGCAUAGGAACUCUACGAGCUUCUAGUGCUUUUGAAAGGUUAUAUAGUUUCCUCGUCCCUUUGCCAAAAGAGAUUCUGAUCUACAAUAAACACAACAUACACAACAUACACAGCAUACACAGCAUACACACAACUACUGAAAAAUCCCUUCCUACACAUCUCUACUACAAUCCCACGACAAACGCCAAGUUCUCUAGACCCUAUCGAAUUCUCUUCAUCAUGAUGAAGUUCCUCUUUCUCUUUCUCUUUGCUGCCACCAUCCUGGCUCAAUGUCCCGAACAAUCCGAAGCAGGUCGAAGACUUUAUCGCUGCGUCAAUACAACCAGUGGUCAAGUGGCUGGUCAUCCAUCUCCCAAGAAACCAGCCGUCUAUGAAUAUCUCGGUAUCCCAUUCGCGCAACCUCCUAUUGGUGAUUUGCGAUUUGCUCCUCCACAACCAUUUACUGGAAAUGGAUCUCUUAAUGGUACAAAUUUUGGAUAUACAUGUCCAAAGCUUUUCUCCGAUGAACUUUCACUCAUCCCAUCAAACUUCCCAGAUGUAGUCGAUAACUAUACCGCUUCUGGUAUUAGUAUCCUCAAUACCUUUACUCAAGCAGGUGAUGGACCUAGAAACAAUGAAGAUUGCUUAACACUCAAUGUUUGGGUUCCCAAACCCGCUCAAGCCCCAGUCGUUGGAACCAAAAAAGCAGUCAUGAUUUGGAUCUAUGGCGGUGCUUUCAGAGAUGGCGCGACUGAAUCGCAUAUUUAUGAUGGCUCGACUCUUGUGGAUCAAGAAGAUGUAAUUAUGGUUAGCAUCAAUUACCGUGUAAACAUCUUUGGUUUCUCUGGUGAUUCAACAGGUCCAACCAGUAAUUAUGGAAUGCUCGAUCAACGACUCGCCAUCGAAUGGGUGUAUAACAACAUUGCCAAUUUUGGAGGUGAUCCAUCUCGCAUCACUCUCUUUGGUCAAUCGGCAGGAAGUUGUUCCAUCGACUAUUAUUCCUACGCUUACCCACAAGAUCCCAUCGUCUCGGCUAUGAUCAUGCAAUCCGGUACCAUCCCCGCUCUUCCCACCUUCUCCUCCUCCGAAGCCUUCUCUUCCUGGCGCAAUACUUCCUCAUCCCUCGGCUGCGGCGACGCCUCAGUCGACCCCGACUCUGUCAUCCAAUGCAUGCGCAACCCCAAUCUCACCACGGCCGCCAUCCUCCAAAUCGCGCACCUCCACACCUUCCUCCCCUCCAUCGACGAAACUCUCGUCUUCUCCGACUACCCCGCGCGCGCCGCCGCAGGAAACCUCACCACCCUCCCCCUCCUCAUCGGCAACACCAACAACGAAGCCGCCGUCUUCGCCGCCCAAUCCCUCAUGUCCAGCCACCCCAUCGACAUCCCCCAAAUGACCAACUCCACCUUUGCGUGUCCCGCCGCCGCGCGCGCAAACGCAAGCGCAGCCGCUGGGGCCACAACAUGGAGAUACCGCUAUUUCGGGGACUUUCCCAACCUGCAAAUCCUGAAGGGCGUGGAUGCCGGCGCCUUCCACAUCACGGAUGUCUAUAGCGUUUUUGGCACGUGGCCAACGGGACCGGGCAUCACGGGCGCGGGAAAAGAACAGGUUUUGCUGGGGAUGUAUAUGAGAGGUGCGUGGGCGGCUUUUGCAAAGGAUAGUCAGCAGGGCUUGAGUGAUUAUGGAUGGCCGGUUUAUAAGCCUGAGGAGAAGACGGUGGUGAGAUUGGGUUGGAAGAAUUCUGUGGAGUUGGUUUUGGAUCGUGCGGAGGUUUGGGAUAGUACUUGUUAG